CGACGGACAAGUACCACAUAUGGCUGCUGCAAACUACCUACAAUCUGAAGAUCAGUUUCUGUGCUCCAUCUGUCUGGAUGUGUUCACAGAUCCUGUGACUACAUCAUGUGGACACAACUUCUGCAAAAACUGCAUCACUGAACACUGGAAUACUAAUGACCAGUACCUGUGUCCCCUGUGUAAGGAGGGUUUUACCACAAGACCUGAUUUGAGGGUCAACACUUUCAUCUCUGAGAUGGUUGCUCUGUUCAGACAGUCAGCUCAACAGAAAGCCAGCAGCAGCAGCUCAGAGCAACAAGUGUCCAAACCAGGAGAAGUUCCCUGUGAUGUCUGCACUGGAACCAAACUGAAGGCCCUGAAGUCCUGCCUGGUGUGUCUGGUCUCCUACUGUGAGACUCACCUGGAGCCUCAUCUGACCAUGUCAGGCCUGAAAAGACAUCAGCUGAUCGACCCUGUGGAGAACCUGGAAGGCAGGAUUUGUACGGAGCACGAUAAACCUCUGGAGCUGUUCUGUAAGACCGACCAGACAUGUGUCUGCAUGCUCUGCACUGUUUUAGAUCACAAGAUGCAUGAUGUUGUUCCUCUGAAAGAAGGAUAUGAAAGAAAGAAGGCAGAGCUGGGAAGACAGAGGCUGAAAUUCAGAAGAUGA